AUGCAACGUGGUAACUUUAGUAUUUCGAUACCUGGUGAUCAUACGUGUUAUCGUAAAUUAGCACCAUGUGGUGAUGUGGAUACAAUUGAUAAACGAACAAAAUUAACAGCGGGAAAAGCGUAUACAAUUGAAUUUCAACAAAAUUUAAAUCAUUAUUAUACACAAAAUCCUGGCAAAUUGGACGUAUCAUUUGCUUUGGGUGAACAUCCAUCAGAAUCAGAUUUUGAAGUAUUAGCUUCUGUUAAUGAUUAUAAUGCAAUGAAUCAAAUAACACAAACUAAUUUUUCAUUAGAUGUUAUGUUGCCAGAUGUGACAUGUGAAAAAUGUGUUAUACGUGUUCGAUAUUUGUCAAAUAAUUUGGAUGAAGAUGAUCGUGGUACAAUAUUUUAUCAAUGUUCAGAUGUUGAAUUAACUAAAGAAGUGGUGAAUGAACAAAUUAUUGAACAAGCCAAAAAACGUAUACAACAGACCAAGAUGAGAAAAGAAAAGCAAAACGAUCCUCAUGAUUGUUGUGCACCACCAAGUUUUUCAACUGUCUUUCUUCAUAAUAUAAUGUUCAUACCAAAAACUGACCAUAGAAGUUCUGGUGUAAUAUUUUAUGAUCAACCGUCAAAAAUGAUGAGAGUGUUCUUAAUGGCUGGUAGUGGCAAGGGAAAUACAACGGAAGAUGGUAGAUUUAACAUGUGGAUGAAUUUUACGUCUGGACGACAAUAUUAUCAUAAUAUCAAUGCUGGUACAUGUGAUUUAUAUGGUCUCGAUUUUUGGAAUGAUUGGUGUUUUGGUAACACCUUUAAUCAAAGUGAAGAUUUUGUAGCGGCAAAUGUAUCAUGUGCAACUGACGUUUCAGGUUUUACCUGUAACCAUUGGCAAAAUGGUGAUUUUAGAUUUGACUCUUAUGUUAAGCCUUCUAGCGAACAUGGAUGUUGGCCUGCUGGUAUUUCACGUAGCAGUAACGAAAAAGUGGCUUAUUUUGGUUUUGUUGAGGGUCCAUUUCCACCUUCAACAUGGAUACCCGAUCCAAUAUGUACGAAGCAAAAGAAACUGAAGCAUGCGCAUAAUCCAUUAGCUUUUCUGAAACUGAAUAAACUUUAA